CCCCCAUAAUCCUUCCUGCAGAAGCUGUGCUUGUAAUUCAAUCCUCAUGCAGUCUUCUUCUUUUUUAAUAAAAAGAAUCCAAAUUUACCAUAAGGAGGAGAGAUGAUGCAUUGCUGGGCGAGCAGGGGGACAGCAUAGAAUCAGUGCAAGGAAGGAGGAACGGGGAAUGAGGUUAAAAAGAGUCUGGUGUCUCUAGGGAAAGGGUUUGCAACUCCCAAUGCACAGCGAGAAGCAGCUGCCUUUGUUCGUGUGCAGCAGAGGGCGGAGUCCUGCAACGCCCGUGGAUUCCAGCUGUGAAAGACGACAUGUAUGGGCAUGGCAGGCGGUAAUUGCUUUGACAGAUCAGUUGCUCUUGUAGUGCACACCCAACUGUGCUCUCCUCAGACACCCUUGGAGCUUUUUGGAAGGUGCUUGGGUCUCUCCAAAUCUUCGCCAUGUUCCUCGUUCAGGCUUUGUUGGACACCGCUACCGGUGGCGGUGGUGGCGGUGGCGGUGGUGGCGCUGGAGGAGCCCUUCUGAGAAGCAUUGCAGGAGGAGGAGGAGGAGGUGGUGGUGCUGGAGGAGCCCUUCUGAGAAGCAUUGCAGGAGGAGGUGGCGGCGGUGCUGGCGGAGCCCUCAUGAAAGGCCUCGGAGGUGGAGGCGGUGCUGGGGGAGCCCUGGUGAGAGGCCUUGGGGGGCUCUUGGCAGGAGGAGGAGGAGGAGGAAGUGGCGGAAGCAAAGCGGGGAACAUUGUGGGGAUCGUCGGAGGGAUAGUCAACCUCAUCAGCGAAGCGGCAGCUCAGUACACUCCCGAGCCGCCACCGACCCCCCGCAGCCAUUUUGCAAAUGUGGAAGCCAACGAGAGCGAGGAGAUGCGCCAGUUCCGCCGCCUCUUUGCCCAGCUGGCUGGCGACGACAUGGAGGUGUGCCCCACGGAGCUGAUGGAAAUCCUCAACAAGGUGAUGGCCAGGCACCAGGACCUGAAAGGUGGAGGCUUCAGCCUGGACACCUGCCGAAGCAUGGUGUCCGUCAUGGACAGCGACACCACGGGCAAGCUGGACUUCUACCAGUUCAGAUACCUGUGGAACAAUAUCAAGAAGUGGCAGUGCGUCUUCAAGCAGCACAUGGGCCCGGCAGGUACCAUUGAAAUGGCCCGGCUGCCUGAUGCCUUCAAGGCCGCUGGCUUCCACUUGCAUGAGCAGAUCUACGCGCUGAUCAUCCGCCGGUACGCCGAUGAAGAUGGCAGCAUGGAUUUCAACAACUUCAUCAGCUGCCUGGUGCGCCUGGAUGGCAUGUUCCGAGCCUUCAAGUCCCUGGACAGGGCUGGCGAUGGCAAAGUCCAGAUGAACAUCCAGGACUGGCUGCAGUUGACCAUGUACUCUUGAAAGCAGCCCAGGGGGCAGGGAGGAGAAUCCGGCACUCAUUCCCAGCUUCAGGCUGCAAGCGCUACUUUUUAGUUACAUAACUGGACUCUGUUCCUUUCUGGAAACGAGGCAGGCUGACUCUCUCGUGCCAUCGCUACGUUUUAGGCUUGCCGGGGAGAUAGGCAAGGUAGGGGAGGUUGUACACUUACAUCUGGCUUUACUCAAGGUGCUCAUUUUGGCUUUGUUGUCUAUGAUUUGCAAAGUUUUCCUUUAGGUGCUUUUGUUUAAAUAAUGAGAAUGGCUGGUGUGUUUUAGAAAUGCAUUGUUUAUCAUUUUGGGAGCAUGGAUACACUUUGCUUGUGUAAGCUGUGUCUAGGACCAAAACUGUGUAUUUUUAAAAGUGUCUAAAUUGGGCAGAGAAAACUGUUGCUUUUACAGGCAGCAAUAAUAUGUUGAAGGGUGUGGGGUGUCUCUGAUAUAUAUACUGCAGGAAAAUGCAUCGCUGUAUGGUGCAGGGCAGAACUCCUGCCCCCUCCCAAAAAAUCCUCCUCAAAUCUUUCCCCUCCGCAGAUGUUUACUGUACACCAUCAGGGGCUUGUGGAGACCAGUUCCCAUUCCCAUGCCACCUCCCAUUUUCAUUUCUUUCCCCGCAACAGACACCUCAUCAUUCUAUAUUUGCUAGCUUGUUUUUGGGUGGUGCUGUUCCUCUUCUGAAACGUGACUGGCACUCGGCCACCCAAGUCCGCUGUUAGCUGGAAUGCUGUAAACUUAGACACAGGAAUGGGUACUGGGGGGAGAGCGAGUUGCAAGCUGAGCAGAGUUGUAGUCUGUAGCUUUUUGGUCAGUGUUUUGUGUCAUUUUGCCCAAGGGCACAUCUGAAUCCCAAGCAAGCACUGACAAAGUAGAUAUUCGGCUAAUUCAUAGCCAUGAAGGGGUGAAAAUAAGGGCGAAUAAACUUGGAUCAUAACAACAAAGAAAGAGGUUCCUGCCAUUUAUUUGAUCAUGUUGCAGCUUGGUAUGACCCGGGGGGGUGGGGUGAGAGAAACUUAUUUUUGCACUCAGCAAUGCAAUAACCUCAUUGAUGUUUAUAGUGGAAUAGAGCCCAGGGCUUCAGAUCCCUGGGUGAUACCUCAUUUAUUCUUAAUGCUUUCUUACUUUAAACCAGAGCUGGGGAACCUUUGGCCCUGGGAAGUGCACGUGGCCCCCAGACUAUUCUUUUUUGCCCUCAGGACUCUCACCCUUCCCCAGCUCUGCUUUGCACCCUCCUCUGUUGUUUUACACCUGACAGAAAUCUGCCCUUGACCUGUGAUCAUGCCUCUUGCAGCUGUUCUUGAAACAGGAGCCAUCAAUGAGACCUCGGCUGGUAACCUGGUCGCUGCAUUGUGAACCUGUCGAAGUUUCCAAAUUGCCUGCAAGGGCAGCUUCAUGCAGAGUGACUUGCAGUAGGUCAAUGUGAGAUGCUGGGCAUUGCAUCUUUCACCUUCUGCAUGCAGAGAUGCUCUGCCACUGAGCUAUAGCGCUGUCCAUAUAUGAACAAAGGAAGCCAGGUGCCUUAUACCAAACCAGGUCCUUUCUCCAUGGCACCACACUGGCAUUGCAAUAUGCAGAGACAUCACCAGUCUACAUAACUGACCUUCUCCUUUUGAGGAUGGGAGAGAAGGAAAAGAGGUGCACAGACACAGAGAGAACACACACACAGAGAGAGAACACUGAUCUCCACAUUGUAACUUCUCUGCUCCCUUUCUUGUAUGUGCCUCAGGUUUGCACCUCUUCUAAAACCACCUCUUCAUGUUUCCACCAUGUUACCAUUUCUGACUUUGUUGGAUCCUGGCUUCCCUCUUUCUCUUUUUCAGACCUAAACCCAGGUGUUUGCGUGUUUAGUAAACGGAGUGUGCAGAGAUGAUUCAUAUUUUCUUGGCAAGCCCUUUCUCAAAUUAAGAAACCCAGACACCUAUUUUGGCAUGGCUCAUCUCCCCACCCAAAGUGGGAACGCCCUGCCAUGUCCGUUGUUCUUCAUGUCAGUUUCUGGAAUGGUGUCAUUUGAAUAGCUGCAGCUGGCCUGGGAGGGCCUCUGUAAACAUUGUGUGACGUGCGCAGCCAAUCCUUGCUGGCUAUUUUUCUUUUCGUAAAAAGAAGCUGUUUUAGGAGGGGGCCAUUUGGAACUGGAAAAGUAGGUGAUGGUGGAGUGAGGAGAUAAUCACUGACUUAGCUGUCUUCGCAACAGGUGCUCCAUCUCUAGAAAGUUCCAAAUGUAUGUUUGCUCUAUCAAAGGUGCUAAAAGCGACAACACUCAAAAUCAUUUUAAUUAUGAUUACUUCUCACUCCAAUUGCUAACCCUGCCUGCCCACCAAGCUUUUUGUCAACUCACUUCCAUUUACACAUCACCCACCCCUUGCCUAUCCCCUAAUACCUCACUCCAAGCCCUCCCCGACCACUUGCUGCAACCCCACCCCUUUCUAAAGGAGAGGGGCAAGAUUCAGAGAGCAGUUUGCCAUAUCACUCUUUGAAGCGUGUCCCCCUUUCUGUUAAAAUACCCACUUGGGCCUCCUCCUACCCACACAGCUUGCUUGCUCACCUGCCUGCCACCUGUUGGCAGGCAGGUGAACUGCAGCAUGACAGUUGCCUUACAUUUAUAUGCAUAUAGGAGGAAUGAAGGUUCAUUGUGUUUUCAGUUUUGACAGUUAACCUCUCUUUAGCUUAUGAAGCUUCACUGGGCAUUUUCUGCAUACGUUCCCUGCAACUUUCAUAUUUGCAUCCAUGAGGACAUAAAAAUGCAAGCAUUAUUGAAGAUAACACACAAAAUUGCAUUUUAUUAUUCCAUCGCCUGUCAGAAAUGUGUAUAUUAGUCAAAACUGCAUGUUUACCAGGAGAAAUUCACACUAAAUGAUGGUGAAUUUCUAGAAGGUUUUUGAAAAGGAAAUUUGCAGAUUGCUGCAGUGGUGCGGAGAAUUUCACUUUAAGACUGGAAAUAGGAGAAACUAAAAUUGACUAAUUCUUCCAUGAUG